AUGCUUCGAGCGCUUUUGGUGGCUUGCGGCGCGGCGCUCGCAGUGGGUGCGACCAAUGCUAGUACGGGCACGAUGGACGUCACGACGUCGCUCAACCUCGCACUCGGCUGCAACGCGUCGACAGCGUACCCCUACCAACCCCGGUCGCUCUGCACGGACGCCGCGUUCGUGCAAACCAUCACAGGUCCCGAGUUCUCGACCCUGGUCCAGCUGCAUUUUGCCUACUUUUCGCUGCCGCCGACCGACUACCUCGUGCUCUCAGGGUACGAGAAUGGGACGCGCAAAGAUGUGUUUUACUAUGGCCAGCACAUCCCCUCCGGCGCGAGCUUCAACGCGACGCCGAUCUUUAACCGGACGAUUACGCUCUCGCUGUACACGGGCAUUUUCAAUCCGAACCGCGGUGGCGGCUGCGCGGGCUUUCACAUCGACUUCAUGGUCAAUGCCGUGCCCGGCGAAGGCUUUGAGAGCCAGUGCGGGCCCAAGGACGUCACAUUGGAAGCUGCUUGCUUUGAGGGCUCGCCUGGUAUUUGGCGCAACGCGCAAGCCGUCGCACGCCUCGUCAUCAACCGCGGCGGCUCGCUCUCCGGCUGCACGGGCUGGCUCCUCGGGGACCAAGGUCACUUUGUCACCAACAACCACUGCAUCAAAUCGGCAGCGGACGCGGCUGGCACGCGCUUUGAGUUCAAGGCCCAAGCCACCACCUGCCCGCCGGCGGGUACGGACUUUUGCAAGAGCCAACUCGCGUGCCCGGGCGAGAUUUACUCGGGGGGUGUUCAAUUUGUGUACACCAACGCCAACUUGGACUAUACCAUUGUCAAGCUCGAUGCGUGGGUGACCAAGAAGUACAACUUCAUGCGGCUGCGCGCGCGCGGCCCGACGCUGCUCGAGCCAAUUUACAUUGUGGAGCACCCAAACGCGUAUGGAAAACGCAUUAGCAACAAGAACGGCGACGGCGUCGCGCAGCUCCGCGGCCCGUUCACGGCCACAGAGGCGCUCUACUAUCUCGACACGCUGCCAAUGGCGUCCGGAUCGCCGGUCCUCGGGGUCCGAGACAACUUGGUCGUGGCGCUGCACCAUGGUGGUUAUACCAACUGUCCCAACGUCGGUAUUCGCAGCGACUUGAUCUACAACGACCUCGUGCGCAUCAACCUCCUCCCGUCCGACUCGUGGAAGUAGAUAAACGACUUGCUCGCGACCUCUGUCCUCUGAAGUUAUGGAACACAGUACUUACUAGUGAGGUGAAAGAAAAAGAUCACUUUUACGUGU